CCCGCGCCCCGGAGCCGCGCCACAAAGGGCCCGCGCGCAGCCGCCGCCGCCGCCGCCGCCGCGCGAGGAGCCAGGAUGGUCCUGGUCCACGUCGGCUAUCUCGUGCUUCCAGUGUUUGGCUCUGUGCGAAACAGAGGUGCCCCCUUUCAAAGGUCUCAGCUUCCUCACGCUACCUCCUGCCGCCACUUCCACCUGGGCCCCCCGCAACCGCAGCAGCUCGCUCCCGACUUCCCCCUGGCUCACCCCGUGCAGUCGCAGCCGGGCCUCAGCGCCCACAUGGCCCCGGCCCACCAGCACAGCGGCGCCCUGCACCAGUCGCUGACCCCGCUGCCCACCCUGCAGUUCCAGGACGUCACAGGUCCCUCCUUCCUACCUCAGGCCCUGCACCAGCAAUACCUCCUGCAGCAGCAGCUCCUGGAAGCCCAGCACCGCCGGCUCGUCUCGCACCCCAGGCGGAGUCAGGAGCGCGUGUCUGUCCAUCCCCACCGCCUCCACCCCAGCUUCGACUUCGGCCACCAACUACAGACACCUCAGCCCAGGUAUUUGGCUGAGGGCACUGACUGGGAUCUCAGUGUGGACGCCGGCUUGAGUUCUGCUCAGUUCCAGGUGCGGCCUGUCCCUCAGCACUAUCAGCAUUACCUAGCAACUCUUCGAAUGCACCAUUUUCCCCGAAACUCCUCCUCCACGCAGAUGGUCGUCCAUGAAAUCCGAAACUACCCUUACCCUCAGCUUCACUUCCUUGCUCUCCAAGGACUGAACCCCAGCAGACACACCUCCGCUGUGCGGGAGAGCUAUGAGGAGCUGCUGCAGCUCGAGGACAGGCUGGGAAACGUGACUCGGGGAGCAGUACAGAACACCAUCGAGAGGUUCACCUUCCCUCACAAGUAUAAGAAGCGAAGACCCCAGGAUGGGAAGGGCAAGAAGGAGGAGGGAGAGGAGUCAGACACCGAUGAGAAAUGCACGAUCUGCCUGUCUCUGCUGGAAGAUGGGGAAGAUGUGAGGCGCCUCCCCUGUAUGCAUCUCUUUCAUCAACUGUGUGUGGACCAGUGGCUCGCCAUGAGCAAGAAAUGCCCCAUCUGCCGAGUGGACAUUGAGACACAACUGGGAGCCGACAGCUGAGGGAGGAAUCAGCCAGUGGACACCCCAUUUUCCUUCACCAGGUCCCCCCACGGCCAUAGCCCUUGCAGCCAAACUUUGCCUUCUGAGCCAUUUGAUGUAGAGGAAAAGCCUGCAAGCACAUUUUUGUGGAAAGAGGA